AUGCCGACUCGGACUUCAGAGAUGGAUGUCGGCGCUGAGCGUGAUGGCGGUGGUGUGGAGGGAAAAGGAAUUCAGUGGGAGUCUGGGAAGAAGGCCGAGGAGAAGGUGUUUAGAGAAGGGGGGUGGUGCGAUGGGGACUGGGAGGGGAAGGGCGUGUGGUGGUGGGUAUGGGUUACGGUUUUCAUCCACAACCUCGUCGCCGUCUUCAUCGCCUACACCCUGACGCGCAUCAACAAGGCCAUCAUCUCAUGGGUCACCUACCAGGAUUUCAUGCGGUGCCCGAGCGCGACGCUGGGUAGCAGGCUCUUGUUCGUGGUGCUGAAUGUCACUCUGAUGUGGAACUGGGUCAGGCAGAUCCUGGAGGAGGCGAGCAUCAAUAAGAUGGAGCGGAUCGCGAGGGUGAAGGAGCAGGUGAGAUGGUGGACGCGGGAGACGGAGCGGUUAGAGGGCGUGUUAGGUAUGGUUAGAGACAUCGAAGCCGAACACCAGCUCCUCUCGGAGACUCCCGCGCGCGGCCACCACCAGCACCAUUCGAGUUCGCGCACCCACGACGUGGCCCAGACUGCCGAUAGCGAUGGCUGGAUCGGGGACAAGACGCUAGAGAAUAUCGGUUCGCACAUGGAUGCUGGUAGGCAAGACGGCGAGGGUCAGAGUGAGAGUGCAAGCAGCGGCAGCGAAGAUCCCAAUCCCGGUGCGAUACUCGCGAGAGUCGUGUCCGGAGUCAGUAGCUCAAGCCGUGUUGGUGCUCCUUCCGGUCGUGGUGGUGGCGGUGGUGGUGGUGGCGGAGCGAGAUCAAGACGGGGUAGUGGCGUGAAGAGGUAG